AUGAACUUUACCCCGACGCAAUCCCCUGUCUGCAGAAAGCUGACGGCUCUCCCCAAGCAGGAGGCUGCCGGUGGCUUCAGCGGCCCCACCAGGUGGAAGGGGGUGUCUUUCUCCGAUUCCGUGCAGUCAACUCCCUUGCCUUCAGUGGAGGAUCGUCUGGCCGUCCUCUGCCCUUCUCAGGAGCUUCUAGAAUAUUACCAGAAGAUGAUGUCUGAGUGUGAGGCAGAAAACGAGGGCCUGUUGAAGAAGCUUGAGCUGUACAGAGAGGCCUGCGAAGGGCAGCAUAAACUUGAAUGGGAUUUGCAGCAGAGGGAGGAAGAGAUUGCUGAGCUGCGGAAAGCUCUAAGCGAUGUGCAGGUCUGCCUCUUCCAGGAGCGGGAGCAUGUCUUACGCCUCUACUCAGAAAACGACCGACUGAGAAUCAGGGAGCUAGAAGACAAGAAAAAGAUUCAGAAUCUCUUGGCUCUUGUGGGAGCAGACACUGGAGAAGUGACCUAUUUUUAUAAGGAGCCUCCUAACAAAGUCAGCAUUUUCCAAAAGACUAUCCAAGCUGUAGAAGUAAGUGAACAGAGUGAAUCUUCAGCUUGCAGAGCAGAUUCUAAAGGCAGCAGGAGAAAACCAGCAGUGAGACAGAACGAGGAGAGUGCCCAGCUGCACCAGCGGAACAUGCAGACCCUCAUCCUGCAGGUGGAAGCGCUGCAGGCCCAGCUGGAGGAGCGGAGCAGGCUCUCGCAGGAGCAGGUGGCGGGGCUCCUGGAGGAGAGGCGGAUCCGCACGGAGGAAGUGCAAGCUCAUCAGCAGAGGGAUCGGGCGAGAGUCGCAGAGCUCACCAGAAACCUCCAUCACACCCAGGAGCUGCUCUAUGAGAGCACCAAAGACUUUUUGCAACUCAAAUUUGAAAACCAAAAUAAGGAGAAGUCCUGGAUGCUUGAAAAGGAUCAUUUGAUGUCAAAGAUUAAGCAAUACAGGGUGCAGUGUAAGAAGAAAGAAGAUAAAAUUGGAAAAGUUUGGCCAGUUCAUGAGAAUCAUUACAACCAGAAUGAAUACAUUAAGUCCCUGAAGGAAAAGAUAGUACAAGAGAGAAAGCUGUCCAGCAUGUACCAAGAGCAGUGCAUUUCCCUAGAAGAAGAACUUGCCCAAAUUCGUGAGGAGGAGGGAGUGAGGAGAGAGAUCUUUAAGGAUCGCACCAACAAGAUGGGGAGGCGCCUACAGGUCAUGACGAAACGCUACGAGGCCUUGGAGAACCGACGUGUCUUGGAAGUAGAAGGCUUUAAGACAGAUAUUAAGGCUCUCAAGCAAAAACUGAAAGACUUGGAGCAGAUGCUCUAUAAGGCAACACUUAACACCAGGGCAAACCAGGAUCUUGCCAUCCUGUGUGAGGUUCGUGAUAGCAACAGACGGGCACAUAAGAUACAAGGAGAACUGAAGAACCUCAAGUCCAAGGUAUUCAGCCUGGAGAAUGAGCUUAGACUCUGCUGA